AACUGCCGACCCCACCCUUAGCGAGGGCCUCGAGAACAGGACAUUUGCUGUUUACUCUUAGCGUAUUGCUUUACUCAGCACUAAUGAAGUUCUCUUCUUUAUAUUCGAAAUUUUUACAAAAAAAGAAGCCCUCCGAUAUGGCUUCCCUAGACCGGGAUCGGCCUACGGUGGCUGUUAUUGGGGCGGGGCUGACGGGCCUGCUUGCUGCACAGGGCCUGAAAAAGAACGGUUUCAAUGUGGUCGUUUUUGAGCAGGAAGCAAGCAUCGACGCCCGGCCUCAAGAAUGGACCAUGCUGAUCCAUUGGGCGAUGCCGCUCUUUGAGAAGCUCGUUCCGGCACAUAUUCUCAAAGACUUGAAUGGGGCUCUCUGUAACCCUCACUUGGAGUUCACAGAUGAAAUAGAGAGCCUUCCAUGCUACAAUGGCGUGACCGGUGAGCUCCUCUUCAGCAGCCCUACACCCGGUUCCAGGCGUGUUAGCCGAAGACGCCUGCGCAAGCUCCUCACGCAGGAUAUUGAUAUAAGAUGGAAUCAAUCUUUGACAGGAUUUAAAAAAAGCAGCGAAGGGAUUAAACUGGAAUUUUCCAACGGUGAAUCGUUUGAUGCCCAUCAUCUUCUCGGAGCAGAUGGCACAUGGUCUAAAGUGCGACACUUGUUGUUAGGCCCCGAGCAAGCUCAGCCGCGUACGUCCGGAUUUCUCUUUGCCACCGGAAUCACAGAAUUUAAUGAUUCCGAAAAAACAAAUGCAAUCAUUCAAGCACACCCUGUGGCCGCGCUCAUGAUGGGCACAAACGCUGUUGGUGCUGUUGGUGUUAUGGCGGCUGGAGACCCUAGCGACAAAUCUACGUGGACCACAUUCUGGGUCAAGAUAUGGCAGGGCAACGCCGUAGAUCUCAAGGAUGGGGAAGCUCUUGAUUAUAUCAAGGGGAAUACGCCACCACUACGAGACAUAUUCCAGUCAGCCAUCGACUGGACUCCAGAGGGCAGCUACGUUCGUAUAAGUGAGAUGAAAUACUGGAUUCCGACACAGUGGGAUAAUUACGGAGGGCGCGUAACUCUUGCCGGAGAUGCCGCACACCCCAUGCUUAUUUACCGCGGUCAAGGCUUUCAGCAUUCAAUCACAGAUGUUGCCAGUUACGUCGACGCAUUAACGCAACUACACUCGACCGAAGAAUCACCAGAGCAGAUUAUCGGCGCAUACGAGAGCGAAAUGAUUGAGAGGGGUGCCAAGGCAGUGCAGCAGUCUCUGUCCGAGGCGGAAAAGUCACUUGACAUUGAAAUGAUUGGGCAGAUGCUCAUGGCAAAGCAAGGACAUGGCAAGAGCACUUGAAAAUAAUACUUUUCGUUGCCAAAUAGAGUGCCACUCGACUGCAUUUGAAAUUAUACAUCUCUUAGACUAGAAAUUAAUGGGCUUGGCUUCGCACGGUAGUACAUUCCCCCAUUGUAGGUGCACUUACACAGAUUUUCGCCGGAACGUCGGUUCGCAAAUCGCGCGGAGACAAUCCAACGCCCCAUACUUAGUUACUUAGUACAGUACACAUGGUGGCAGACCCAAGGCGAAAUUGGCGGGGGUUGGGCAGCCAGUUUCCACAAACUUGUGAGCAGAACAUUGCCGUGUGAUGCAAAUAAACACCUGCUAUAU